AUGAAACACUUCUUUAUUCUUGCACUUUGGUGCACCAACUCUCUUUGCGACAGAAACUGGCCUCCCGCAAAGAAUGAGUCUUGUGGUACUCAUGCACCCACGCCACUCGUUUCCACCUCAACCGUUUCCAGCCCAUACCGUGGACUUUCUUGGACCUCUUCAGUCUCUGGGUACGGGAGUUCGGAGAUUUUCCCCGUGGACACCGAAACAUCUGUCCUUGGCUCAUACUUCCCAACCUCACUGGGUCCUAACACGACAGAGUCGACAGAGUCGACAGGUACCGGUAACUCAAAGACACAAUCAACUGGCGCUGGCGGAUCCCCUACAAAUUCAUCGGCGAUCAUCUCGGAGGUGGUUAGCAAUAGCUCCCCUGCUGUUCCAGCUGUUACAGGUUCAACUAUUACCGCAGGAUCCUCUGAGAGUUCAUCCGGGGCCGCCAGUGGCAUUAAUACCCAUACUCAGUCAACCGCGGCUCCUGGCUCGAUGGGUACCGGAGGAAUAUCGACUGCAGCUGAAGAGGUCCUCCCAACUACGGUACCUGGCUCGAUAACUAAUACGACCGUUCUCAGUCUACCCAUUACUACUACUCAGAGUAAUGAGGGAGGGCUUGUUUCAACAAUGACGGAACCUCCUGCCGGAUUCAGCCCCACAAUGGCUUCUAACCACCCAGAAUGGACCACCAACACCUGGAUUACGACCACCUCCGAAGGCUCAUCUGAGCCCACCAUUGCCCCUCUGCUUGUCAGCUGCGACGAAUGUGGUGAUUAUGGUGAAGGCAUCCUUAUCUUUGGAUUCUCCCCAAUUGUCGACACCCUUUUUAAGUUCCCUGGAUGGCCCUCAUUCUCUUUUCCCUGUAUUCCCAUACUAGACCCACGUUGUUCUCUACCGCCAAAAACCUACAAGAAUGAUGGAACUGAAGAUGAUGACGACGGCGACGAUGACGACGAUGGCGACGACGACUCUUCUACUUCCGAGGAAGCCUCAAGCACAUGCACCAAAGAAGUUACCGCCAGCGACUGCCUCGUGGCUUGCACCACCUAUACUGAGGAAACUGACGCUACUAGAACCCCAGAUUGCACGACGACAUGCACUAGAACCCAUACCGGAUGCAGCGUUACAGGUGUGACUUCUACUACGUCGGCUGAAGCCUGUGACGCCACCGGCGGAACCUGUACAGCCUGUACUAGGUGCCCAGGUCUCGACAGCCCUGAUCCCGAUGCCGUAUACGAUGAAUCGGAAUACUAUGCGGAUGACGAAGAGCUGGAGGCCAGAGAUCUCCAACUUCCUCAGGCACGAAAAAAGAAAGAAGCGAUGACACUCGGACGACGGGUGGACGACCCAGUGAACAAACCUAAUGGUGUGGGACUGUGCAAACAGAAAGGAGGACUAGCUUUUCCCAAUUAUAUCGGUGGAAACAAAUUAUUCGGCAAGGAUCGAGAGGGGAAGCUUACCACGGAGCAAAAAGAGAUCGCGAAAUGGUACGUGAUGUACGGUCUCGGCACGUGCACUCCUUCAGUCAAAAAAGUGAACCCGACAGGAUACCUCGAAAUAACGGGAGACCUGGAACAGCGCAAUACCCCCAGUGUUGAUCAUGUCUUUGAAAAGAGCUUUCUGAAAGACUUUUUUGAAAUCAUCCUCAACGACAGCGGUGAUAGUUGGGUGGCCACCAAGAAUCCUCAGCAAAUGACACUCAAGUGUUCAGACUUGGAGUACUACACUUAUAACGCAGAAACAAACAAGAAUCGACUCCAAGACGUGUUAGAUGCGUACCCUUCAAAUUUGAAGUUUCAGUUUGAUCUAAUCGGAAUGCAACAAGCUCUGAAUGGAGACGCAAAGGGCAAAGUGACCACCACAUCAGGAGGGGAUGCACUCGGACGCCUGACUCAAAACAAAAUGAACCACCCCGGUGGAUUAUUCAACCUGGGAAAAUGUUGA